AUGGUGGUAGUAUUUCCAGACCCACUGACCACAGGGCUGUUCUGCCCUCAUUCUACAACCAUGCUGAGGUAUGGCUCGGUUCUAACCCAGGCUCCUGUGGAAGUAGAACAGCGGAAAAGUGUUUUUUCAGUGCGAAGUAUUUUCCGCUCAGGCGUUCCUGAAAGAUCAAUCGACAGGAGGAGCACGAGUUCCUCAUCGGGCACAAUACAUUCGGCGGAAAGUGGCGAUACUGAAAUUACAAUCCCCAUUUCAGAACCAAGAGAAAAAGGUCCAGACACUUCGUCAUUGCCUGUUAAUGAGAGCUCGGUACCCGAUACUCCACAGCUCCUGAGAGAGGCUGCGAGGACCAGUCAACAGUUCCCAGCUUCCUCUCCACACAUCUAUCAGCACCAGGGGCGAAAAAAGGCUAAGCCAUGGUUCGGAAAGCCGUGGGAGGUGAGAGUGCCAGAUAUCCUUGAGCGGAAAUGGAGUGAAGCCGGGGGUAUUAAAGAGAGGCUGGAAUUGGACCUGGAGCCAACGAGGAUCCAGCUGACACGAAAGGCAUCGAAGCGAAAAUGCCGACGAUCGGAGCGCGAAUUCAACGCUGAGCUGCGUAUGUCCGGGGUCCUCGAUCCUCUUCACCCGCAUACCAUCACCCUCUUACCACAUGUGUGGAUAUUUUGUGGCAGUGAAUGGGCUUCGAAAGUUCUCGAGAAGGCACUCAGAUCCAUCUCAUGGAUCGAAGGUUUUCUCAAUCGACCAGUUGAAUUCUGCAUUGGCGGGAUUGAGCUAUGCAUCUUGGAGACUGUGAUCCCGUUAGAACAACUUCAAAAAUAUGCGGUAUCAAGUUCCAGCUUGAGUUAUAGAGGAGGAGAUAUUCUUUUUCAUAUUGCCGAGCUCCAUCCUGGCUUCAGCUCCCCUUCAGCCUGUGGCUGGCUAUGUUGCGCUACGUAUUUAAAAGAUAAUACAGUACGAAGUCAGCGUCUAUCUAGAAUCGGAGGAAUUCUAACGUCUGACAUAUUGAACGAAUGCCAGAAACACCACCUCGGUACCAUCUUAACGGUGGCACAUGGACUGUUGGACGAGGAGGAGGAUGAUCUGCAUGAAGCUUACUCUUCAUACAGCGACUCCCUAGCGAGUGAUUCAGAAUCUGAUUCUGAAAACAGCUACGACAGUGAGGAGAGCGAAAUGAUGGAGCCAUUGUCUGGCCCUGCUCAGCGCUUGGGGCUACUCGACCUUUCCGAGAUCGUUUCACUGUGGACUCCAUUGGACGAGGUCUGUGGAAUCAACUGCUUUGGAAAGAUUGUUCAAAACGAACAGACUCCAAUGAAUUCUGCGACUAAUAGAAGCGACUAUGCCCUCUUGAGGUCUCUUACGCUGCAGAAUCUUCCUAAUACCUACACUACCCCGUCGACAGCGCAGGAAGCUGGCAGUUUCAAAGCGAUAACCACGUGUUCUUCAAAUUCAGAAAUGAAAGAUGGCCGUGUUUGCGUAAUUCUGGGACUUGGUCAAGUGGAGGAAGCUUGGCUCCUCCCUGGUUUUCAAACGAUACAUUUAGAAGGGGGUCAAGUAACCGCCAGAAAGCUGCAGCUACGGCUGCCGUUAGCUCAGGGCACGUCUGGAUCCUGGGUUGUGAAAGAUCAUACUUGGUAUGGAAUGAUCGUUGCUGCCUAUGCAGGAGAGCCUUUGGCAGUUUUCAUCACUGCUGAGGAUAUUUUGUCGGACAUGAAUUCCUCAUUUCCAUCGCUCGGAGAAGCCAGUCUGGGUUGUUCAGAAAUCAGCAGCACGGAGAAACCUUCUCGGACCGAGUGUUUGAAAGCUACACCUCGCAUUAAUGAGGACCGCCAAACUCAUUCGCAUGUCAAUAUUUCUUUAACUGAAGCACCGAAAACAAUGACCGAAAAUAAGGAGAAAGCUAUGGGGGCACUUAUAUUUUCGCCUUCUCCAUGGCCAUCGCCGACAAAGCCCCUCCCAGCACCUCCAUUGAGAAAGUCAUCACCUACGAAACCAGUCAAGAGUGUCUAUACCAACCCUGAAGCUACAGAUGAUGAUAUGUGUCACCUAUUAAGCACGCCAUACUCCUUCGCGGCACCAAAAUUUCGCCAUGGUAAUAUUCUAUUUAGCAAGUCGCUUUUUAGCGACAGACAAUUAACGAUGGUUGAUACUCUUGGCUGGACGGCCUAUGAAGUGGCCAUGCUUUGGUCAGCAGAUCAUGAUUUGUAUGAUCUCCAACGAAACGGAGAAGAAUAUACAGAGGAGUUUAUGGAUUGGUUUGAUUCAUUUGGGUUCCAGUCUCAUGGAGGUCUUGUCCCCGAGACGAGUCGACAAAAACGAAGCCCAUUAAAUCACUCAACAGCUUGCUCUACAAGCCAGCCGGUGCCCCUUGAUGAUAACUAUAUCGACUAUGAUGGGAAUAGGGAUGAGCUUUCCGAUGUGAGUGAUUUGGAGGAAAUUUAUAAACCUGACGAGAACACCGACGAGGAUAUUGUGAAAAUUCGUCCUGGACAACUGUUGCCUAAAAACCCCAACUUUUACGAAAUCCCAGAGGCAAUAUAUGCUGGAUUCAAACGGCUGCAGCCGGAAAUGGAUCCGGCGAUCAAAGCUGACGUGGACGGUAUGUGCAUGGAUGAAGAUCAAGGGCCAUAUUGGUAUAAUCCUCAUGGUAUACAUGAUUUCCUCGAAUGGGAGAGGAGAUAUUUGCAGGUACCGAGAGCAGCGGCAGCGCCGUGUGCUCUGUAA